AUGGCUUUCCGUAACUUUUAUUCUAAACCAUUCAAUAUACAAAUCUCAUUAAAUCAUCAUCAUUUGCGCCCAUCUUUGCUUUCAACAUGUUUAAUUGUUCAAAAGAGGACUGGGACCGCUAAACCAAAAAUAAAAAAAUCAUCCGCAAAUACUCAAAAAAAUAAGGGAUUUUUGAAAAAAAACUUAAAAAAGAAAAGUACUACUGAGGAUGUCGAAACUCCGUUAUCUACAAGUUUUACAAAGAAUAAAGAACUUUAUCUUUCUCCUCCGGUUAUAGCUUUAGAAGAAAUGUUACCGGAUGUAUAUACUGAUGAAAAUAUUGGCAAAAUUUAUCGCUUUCCUCCGGAAAUCAUUUCAAAAAUCGACAUUUUUAAAUUACCUCCUAUUUUAGAGAGAGAGCUCUCUCUGUUACCCUAUCCUUCCUUAGCAAUUCGCCAAUCAUCAAUUCAAUUAGUCAAUUUAAUUGAAAAUGCUUCACAAAAAUCGAGCGCAGAAACUAGGAUUAUUUUAUCUGGGGGAAUGGGUGUGGGAAAAAGUGCAUUAUUACUUCAAACCAUUAAUUAUUCUUUGUGCAAGCCAUGGAUCGUAAUAUAUAUUCCAGAUGCUAUCAAGUUUGUAAAUAGUUCUUAUCCAUAUAUAAAAAAUAAGAUAACAAAUGAAUUCAUUCAGCCUACUUUAUCAGCCGAAUUCUUAAAACAAAUAAAAGCUGUUAAUGCCAAAUUGUUACAAGAUAUAACGUUAACAAGAGAUUAUAAAUUAAAUAGACAUAUAGUAAAAAUUAAUUCACCUGUAAUAGAACUUAUGAACAUUGGAAUCAAAGACACUAGUUGUGCUCCUCAAGCGUUUGAGAUUUUUUUAGAUGAAAUUGGAAAGAAUGUAAAUUAUCCAGUUCUUUUAGCAGUUGAUGUAAUUAAUGCUUUUUACACUGCAACUGAUUAUACCGAUAUUGAUGAUACUUAUCUCGAGCCUGAUAGAUUAUCUCUUUCACGUACAAUAUUGGAUUAUUUUUCCGGAAAACGUGAUUUUACAUAUGGUGCAGUAAUAGGUGCCUUAUCUCAAUGUUAUAAACCAUAUAUUAGUAAACCGUUAAAUAUUGCCCUCGGAUUAGUGAUGCCAUCUCCAUGGAAACAUUAUCCACAAAAUCUUUUAAAUUAUGCUGUUGGGCUACAAAGGUUUGAUGUUCCUAAUUAUUCUCAAACCGAAGCUAAAGGCGUUUUAGAUUAUUAUUGUGAUGGUUCAUCAAUAUUACAACAAUCUCGUGAUAAACUGUUUCAAAAGACAUUUAUUGCAACAAAUGGAAAUCCACGAAAACUUUAUCUAUCUUGUUGGAAAGGAUUAUAG